CCGGACGGUUGCUCAAAGUUGCUCAUCAGACUCUGCGAUGGGCCGCCCUUCGCCCCUCUGGACCCGCGAACAGGUCGCAGCUCGCAUCCUCGCGGGCGAGACCCUCGUCAUCCUCGACGACCAGGUCAUCCGCGUCCCUCCAUCAUGGCUCGCAUCACAUCCCGGCGGCGUCCUCGCUAUACUGCAUUUCGUUGGACGCGAUGCCACGGACGAGAUUCACGCAUUCCACUCUCAAGAAACGCUCAGGAGGAUGAAGGGCUAUGUGGUCGGAAUUUUAGAAACCGGGGACGGUGGAUGGCUACCGCUGGUCCCUCCCAUCAUGAACGGCUGGGUCAGAAGGCUUGGGGCAGACGGGAAGCCGGAAUGGUACAACGAGGCUACGGCGGUGAAGUCCUCUGAGCAUACGCCCUCUGCACCAGCUUCCGAGAUCCUACUCAUCAAAAGAGCCGACUGCGCGCCGGCUUCACAAGGCCCUUCACUCUCCACUCUUCAGCCUCCACCCACUACUCUUACGCCGAAGUUGCAGGCUCAGCAUUCGGCCGCGUACAAGGAACUCCACAAACGUGUUGUGGACGCAGGUCUCUAUGAGACACCCUUCCUAACUGGAUAUGGCCCCGAGGUCGUUAGAUACACCCUGCUUGGUGCCUUCGCUGCAUUCUUCUACUCGAAAGGCUGGCUCGUACCGAGUGCGAUUUGUCUGGGGCUAUUCUGGCAACAACUCACGUUUUUCGCCCAUGACUUGGGUCAUGUCGGUGUAACGCACAACUGGGUAUACGAUCGACUUAUCGCCAUCUUCGUUGCCGACUUCCUCGGUGGGCUCAGUAUCGGGUGGUGGGUCAACAAUCAUAAUGUUCAUCAUCUCGUUACGAAUCAUCCAACUCACGACCCCGAUAUUCAACACCUACCAUUCUUCGCCAUCUCCACUGCAUACUUCAAGUCACUCUAUUCCUCCUACUACAAGCGCGUCAUGGUGUUCGACAGCUUCAGCAAGCUGCUCAUUUCCGUGCAGCACAAGCUGUACUAUUUCGUACUGUCCCUGGCCCGGUUCAACCUCUACGCCCUGUCCUACACCUACCUCGCUAAGACGGCUUUCGAGCCGAAACGCGCUGUCGGCGGCCGCUGGUGGUGGUGGUCAGAGAUAUUCGGUCUUGGCCUGUUCUACUGCUGGUACCUGAACGUCCUCAGUGGAUGCGGAACAUGGCGCAAGGCGCUGCUUUACCUGCUGAUUAGUCACAUCGCUGCCAGCCCUGUGCACGUUCAGAUCGUCCUGUCGCACUUCUCGCGUUCGACCGAGGAUCUGGGAGUCACCGAGUCAUUCUUCGCUCGCCAGUUGCGGACGACGGUGGAUGUCAUCUGCUCUCCCUCGAUCGAGUUCAUCCACGGUGGUCUCCAUCUCCAAGUGACGCACCACAUGUUCCCCCGUCUGUCAAGGCACAACCUGCGGAAGGCCAGUGAGCUCGUGAAGGAGUUUGCCAAGGAGCAGGGCCUGGAGUACGCUGAGUUUGGGUUCGUGGAGGGUAACGGAGACGUCUUGGGGGUGCUGAAGGCGGUCUCGGACCAAAUGAAGAUUAUGGGCAUGGUCGCGGAUGCGGAGAUCACGGAGGCUAUCAAGGGCCACGAUUGAUGAAUUCAAAGAUAUUGCUACUAACCUUUUAAUAUGAUGAUGUACGUCGUUGUAGAAAACUUAUCUCACGACAAUGUCACGCGCGCGAGUGAGAUAGAGCAUGGAGGAUGUGUUUGAGAAUACUCCACCAAGAGCAUGUCAUAAUCGGUGCAUAGGGCAUGUAAUGCAGU